GAAAGAGGGAAAACAGAAAUAUUUCAAUAUAAGGAGGGAGGAGAAGACCUUAAUGAGAGUAAUAAAUAAUAAUAUAAAAAAAUAUAAUAAUAAACAAAAAGAGAUACAAAAGAAAAUAAAAAAUAAAAAAAGAAAAAGAAAAAGAAGAAAGAAAGGAGGAGAAGAAGAAGACGAACACUGUUAGCAGAGAUCGAGCUGCACAUGAAGCAAAGUGCAAACUGAGUUUUCAGAUUUCUAUACAAAUUUCUGAACUGAACUACGUUGUACUCACUGUUCAAUCAAUUGAUCUCUUCAUUACUCAAAGUUCGAAGCUUUUGGGGUUUCUCGAAGCAAUGAGGGUUUUCAGAUUGGUGCAAGUGAUGUAAUGUUUGCUUCGUUUUGUUCCACGCAAGCAUUGGUUUUGGAACCUGAAGUUUGGUUUUUGAAACUUAGGGUUUUGAUUUUGUAUUAAAUUUGUUGAAUUGGGUUUUGGUUUAAGGGAUUUGUGUUUGGGGUUAGUUUGUUUUUUCAAAGGUUUGAAUUUGAUCUCUAGGGUUUUUGGGGUUGGGGAAAUUGAGAUUUGGCUUUGCAUUGUAUGUGAAUUUUGGGCAUAAGGGUAUCUUUAUUUAGAUUCAAAUUGAAGCUUUAUCUAGUGAUUGUUCUGAUAUGCAGAACUUGUUGUGGUGGUUGAUUUGUGUUCAAUGAUGUGUGAGUGGAUAAUUUUUUGGUAUUUUGGGAAUAAAUUUAACUGCAAUUUGACUCAAAUUGAGGUUACUGGUGGUUGGGUUGUUUUCUGAUUUUGUUGGAUGGUUUAUGAAUCUUUUUGUUGAGAAAUGCAACCUCAGCAGAGCUCAAGAAUCAAUUUGGGUGAGUUGAAAGUACUGAUUGUAAAGAAGAUUGGACCGGAUAAGUCAAAGCGGUACUUUUAUUACCUAAAUAGGUUUUUGAGUCAGAAAUUGAGUAAGAAUGAGUUUGAUAAGUUAUGUUUUCGGGUAUUCGGGAGGGAGAAUCUUCCGUUGCACAACCUUUUUAUCAGGUCGAUUUUGAAGAAUGCCUGCCAAGCCAAGACUCCACCAAUAGUCCAGCCAUCGGGUCCUUCGAAACUGGGGGCACGUGUUACUAAUUUAUCACCCGGUAGGGAAGAUGGUCAUGAACGGAGUGUUGCUAAUGCUAACUUCCAAAAUCAUAAUAUUUCUGUUUGGUCAAAUGGGGUUUUGCCGGUGUCCCCGCGUAAGUUACGGUCUGGAAUGCGUGAUCGGAAGCCUAAAGAUAGACCAAGUCCCCUAGGACCGAAUGGGAAAGUUGAUUCUGUUGCUCAUCAAUCCACGGCUACAGAAGACAGUGGUAUUAAGGAGAAUGGAACUUUUACUCCAUGUGAUUAUCAGCGACCAAUACAACAUCUUCAAUCAGUUGCUGAGCUACCUAAGAAUGUAGGGGAUGCUAUGCUAGGACUAGGAGAAAAACCAAGAACACAUGUCAACGGGUUGACAGAAAUAUCAACUGUGGAAGAUGGAGAGGAGGUGGAGCAAUUUAAUCGCCUCAAUUUUGCCAGAAGUCCUCUGAUAGCACCACUUGGAAUUCCUUAUUGCCCUGCAAGUUUAGGUGGGGCCCGCAAAACAUUGCCUGUGAAUAGCACGGCCGAUUUUGUUGGUUGUUGUGACAGUGGUAGGUUAUCCGAUACAGAUAUGUUGAGAAGGCGCAUGGAGCAGAUUGCAAUGGUACAGGGUCUUGGAGGUGUUUCUAUGGAAUGUGCAAGUAUGUUGAAUAAUGUGUUGGAUGUAUACUUGAAACGGUUGAUCAAGUCUUGUUUCGAUAUAGCGGGAGCUAGGUCUGCAAAUGCACCGACAAAGCUCCCUAACUCAAAGCAGCAGAUUCAUGGGAAGAUCAUUAAUGGCAUGUUGUCAAAUAAUCAUUCACAUAUGCAUAGUACUGGUAGGUUGGCAGAAUCUGAGCCUGAACACAGACACGAGUUCUCUGUAUCUUUGCAUGAUUUUAAAGUUGCAAUGGAGCUAAAUCCACAGCAACUUGGAGAAGAUUGGCCAAUACACUUGGAGAAAAUUUCUAUGCAAUCGUUUGAGGAAUAACACGUCAAUAAGUUUUCUUUUUUUCUUCUUUUUCUAAAGCAAAGGUCUGUUUCUUCUGGUUCAAAUAGCACGGCAGUAGUUAGUGAUUAUCGCCGUACUUUGCUCUGUUCAUAUUGCUAGGAUGACCAGAUGGCUCCCAAAACGGGAGUUUUCUAGCCCUUCCAGGAUCAAAUGCUAAUUUCAAGCUAGGAUGGAUCAGAAAUAUAUUUAACUGCAACCAAGGGUAUUAUCAAAUGAAACCCAGGGUUGGUUGCACUGUUGUAUGAUUAGCAUUGAUAUUGGCUGUAUUGUUGCUAUUGCAGAAGAUCUCGAGGUUUUUGUUUGCUUUACAGCCAAUGAAGAGACCUAGAAAAAGUUUUGUAGUGAUACUAUUGUGUAGCUGGGAUCAAGGGACUGUGACAUGUAUAAGAGCUGAAGGCUUGCUCUGUAUGUAAUUUUAGAAUAUGACGAUUGAUUGAAAUUCAAUAUUAAUAACACGUCAACAUCUAUUGAAAUUUCCUUGAUGAUGAUGAUGGUAUCAGUUUUAUGGUUGAACUCCGUGGUGCCAAAUUUGACAAAUAUCUGAAUUAGCUUUUUUUUUUCAUCACGUAGAUCUGUAAGUUACAUGUCCCUUUCAGUUCAAAUUACUUUUGGUGACAAUAAAUGAAUUUCUGAUUAUAUGUUA